UUGUAUAUCGGGGAUGUCACGGGUUAUCCAAAAUCUGAACUUUUUUCGACCCGAAACCCCGUUCCAGGUGGUUUCCAAAACCAGUUUUUUACCUCUUUUCUAACUGACCGAUCCGAAACCCUGUCUUUUUCCGGCCCGCGACAUUUUUGUAUCUUGGAUGUAUUUUGGAUAUCUUUAACAAAAAUUUUAUUUUUCUUUUUUAUUGAGAUAACGAAAUUUCUUAAGUUGCCUUUAUUCUUCUAUAAUUUAACAUUUUUAUACAAAUUUCUGAUCGCCUUCUUUUUCUCUUAUUAACAUGCUUAAAUAAUUUUUUAUCACAUUUUCUGUGAUUUAAUUAAUCUCUUUUAUCUUAAUAAUUAUUCUUAUACCCAUUUUUCUGCCUUAUCCAAAUUAUAAUAGCCUAGUGAAUGUUAAAGACUGGGGAAGUGAGAAUUUUUCCCUUUAAACAGUUGUCGAUAUUUUGAAUCGUUUUUAGGAUAUAUUUGACUCUUUACUCCCUCCAGUCUUUAAUUAAUUAUCUUUUUGUAAUAAUUUUAUAAUAUUUUUUUAAUUAAAAAUUUACAAUUUAACUGAUUUUUUGUUCUUUUUGUUUUAACAAUAUUUAAUAUAUUUUUAACAUUCAAUUUUUAUUAAUUUUUAGAUUUUAAUUAGUAAAUGUCGACAGAUAGAAGCUUAAGAAGGAAGCGAAAUGCUGCGGAAGUGGCGGGAUCAAAUGUCCAAAAUCAAAUGAAUGAGCAACAGAAUGAGUUUAAUUUUUCUGAUCAAGAACAGCCAGGAGUAGACAACUAUGCACUCAAAAGAUUGAAAAAUAAUGCUGCAGUAAAUAAAACGAGACAAAAGAAACGUUUGGAGCAAGAAAACACUUCUAAACGUGUAAAAGAAUUGAGAGAAGAAAAUGCCCAGUUAGAGAGAUCGCUUGAUUCUAUGCGUAGAGAAUUGGCAUUACUCAAGGAAAUGGUUGUUGUGUGUGCUGCUAAAGGUGAUGCUCAUCAACCGGUGCAAAAGGAUUUGUCGAACAAUAAGAGAAUGAAGGGAGGACGUUAA